AUGCGUCCCGGGCUCGGUAAACCAGGCGCCAUCCCGCUACUGGCGUUGAUUGUCUUUUCGCUGCUUACUUUGGUGCCGUCGCUGUCAAACAUCUACAAUCUCAAGCUCGCGGAUUUCAGCUACUAUGCGGGCGGAGCGCAGCACGUACCGCUCAUCAAAGAUGGCCUCGCGGAGGAUCCUUCGCAUCCAAGUCCGAGAAGCGCCUCUCGCAAGGCGUGGAUAGUUGCGGCGCCGCAUCGGCCCCGUGUGAACCGUCCGUCUCGUUCAUUGAACCCUGGCAAAACCACGAUUAGCAGCCUUGAACACAAUGGUCGAUUGCCUUACAUUGCCGCCGAAACGUCGUCUGUGUUUAGUCGCCGGGCCCGUGCGAUGCGGGAGUAUUUCGUCCAGCAUUUGGAUGGGUACCAAUUUCUUGCUUCUUCCCCUAGUGCAAGUCUAGCGGCAGAAACUAGUAUACCGAGCCCUUCUACUCUUCUCAAUUCCUCUGCCGUGCCGACAUCUGCUGCCGAAAACCAGCCGUCCCAGAUGUAUCCUUCCGACCACGAUUCGACCUCUUCAUCUAAUUCCGGUGAAUAUCCAGGACCGUCGUCCCCUUCUUCACUCUGCAAAAUGUGUCAGCCGGCCGGUCAUGUUGUAUCCGAGACUUGGGUCCUCAUGAAACCAUUUGCAGCCACCCUUCUACGGCUGAGGUCAGAAUAUCUCGAGUCGACCGUUCUCCCCGAUUAUUCAGUGUCCGGGAUGCCCACGACUUUCAUCCGAUCCCCGAAACUCCUUAAUUCUCCUUCCGAUGGAAAUUGUUCCUUGGAUCUGUCGUAUAACCAGACAGAGGGGGCAGCCCGUUUUAUACCGACGUUGCCCUCGCACGCUAUGGCAGGUGACCAGGCGAAAGAUGGUGCCGCUGGACGGCACUCGCGCGAACUGCAUGGCAGCUGCAUGGCUGUGGUGAUUGGCCUGGUUGUUGGGAUAUUCUGGUUCUAG